AUGGAGAUUGUGACUGCUUGCCAAGACGUAUUGGAAGAUGCUGCUCAAGCCAAAGCCGCAGGAAAAGUCCUGCCGAGUCUAGAAGAAGAACGUGCAGCCCAUGAAGCUGCUUUGGCAAAAGAGGUGGAAGCCCGAAAGGCUGAGGAGAACAAGAAGAAAGAGCUGGAGCAUCUCGAGGAGCAGCGUAUACAAGACACUAUGAUCCAAGAUGAGCUCAAGAGACGCAAAGAACGAGUCCAAGAGUCCCGUCGGAAGAACCGACCCCCUCCACAGGUAGUCAGUCAAACUUCGAUUGAUACGAGCGUCAAUGGCCAAGCCCCACACGAGACACUUGCUUUCGAACAACCAAUAUCUUUGAUGGACACCCAUAACAAUCAAAUCAUUUUCCAAGUUGUGGCAGGUAAGAUCUGCCUCCGAAAGGGCCCCACCUCUAAAAACUUCACUGUGCGUCCAGUAGUAGCUCAGGGUGCUGGUGAUAUUCCUAUUCUUGUCCUGAAGCAGACCAAUCUGGACACCGAAGUCAAGGAUUCCAAUAAGUUCAAGUCUCAAUUGCAGCUUCUCGAGUCAGAAUUGAAAUCUUUGAAGACGAUCAGACACCAAAAUAUCCUCGAAAUGCUCGAUUAUAAGGUUCAUAAGACAAUCGAUGAGGAUGGAGAAUCAGAUACUUCGUGGACUGUAAGCGUCCUGACAGAAUUUGCAGAAAAAGGCUCGCUUCAAGAGUUCCUUGACAUUGUUGGAAGCCUCGGAGUGGAAAAAGUCCGUUCAUGGACCAUUGAACUGCUCGAAGCACUUCGUUUCUUGCAUGAGAAGGGUAUCAUCCACGAAGACAUACAUGCCGGUAAUGUCCUCCUAGUCCGUUCUUCUAAUGGAGAAGUCAAACCCAAGUUGGCAGACGCUGGCUAUCAAAACAAGCUCCAUGCCCUCAGUGGACGGAAGCAACCAACAGACACAAUAUCUGUUGCCAAAUCUGCCUACUGGUUGCCUCCUGAAAUAGCCAAUUCUUCUCAAUUGCAAUACACCCAAAAGACUGACAUCUGGGACUUUGGUAUUAUGUUCUUACAGAUGAUGUUUGGCUUGACUGUGGUUCAGAAAUAUUCUGCCCCGAGCGCCUUGACAGACUCCCUGGCACUGUCAGAUUCUUUGAACGAGCUUGUUCUCAAGAUGUUCAAAACAGAUCCCAAAAAGCGACCCCGUGCUGUUGAAUUAGGCCCAUCGGAAUUUCUUGCUACGGAUGCGCCCAUAUUGGAAGAUGACAACGAACAUUCGGCGUCCCCCUCGAAAUUUGGUUCCGUCUCCUCACUGUUGCCAAUCACCCCACGAAGACAGAGACGCGAAUCUAUGACUGUUACCAGUCCUUUCCCUAGAUCUAGGUACAUGGAAGAUUUUGUUGAAGAAGGUCGCCUGGGCAAAGGUGGAUUCGGAGAAGUAGUUAAAGCAAGAAAGAGACUUGAUGGACAGAUCUAUGCUAUCAAGAAGAUCACUCAAAAAUCAUCUGCUUCUCUGACAGAGGUACUGAAGGAGGUUCGCUUGUUGUCGCAACUCGCCCAUCCGGCUGUUGUUCGGUACUACAAUACCUGGACCGAAGAAGUUUUUGACGGCUCUGAAAACGACGAAGACAAUACAAGUACUGAAGUAGGCACAGUAGAAGAUUCUGUCAGUGAAUUAUCGCCAGGCCACGACUCAGAUGUCGAUGUUGGAGCCUCUUCAAGAGGCCUUGAUUUUAUGUCAUCUCUUGGCCCACAAAUCGAGUUUGGCUAUGAUUCUGAUGAAGAAGUCGAUGAGGACGAUGAAGAAUCAGACGAUGAAUUGGACGAUACGAGCAGUCUUGGCGAACCGGCUCAUAAUGGAAUAACAAGUCCUGUGAAACGAGGUCUAGUCCAAAAGCGCACUAGAUCAAAUUCGCGCUACCUGCGACCUUACAAAACUAUUUUGUACAUCUCUAUGGAGUACUGCGAGAAGCAGACACUUCGUGAUCUUAUUAAGCGAGGUCUAUACAAGGAUAGCGAUGAAAUAUGGCGCCUCUUCCGGCAAAUACUCGAAGGCUUGGCUCAUAUCCACGGACUGAAUGUUGUACACCGAGAUCUUAAACCAGAGAAUGUUUUCAUCGACGCCGCAUCGAACGUGAAGAUUGGUGACUUUGGAUUGGCGACAAGUGGACAAUAUACCAUGGCUGAUAAAGCAUCAUCAGCUGCGGCCCAUAUCAGUGGAGACAUGACACGAAGCAUUGGCACCGCGUUCUACGUAGCGCCGGAAGUCAAGUCAACUGUCGCUGGCACCUACACGAGUAAAGUGGACAUGUAUUCCUUGGGUAUCAUAUUCUUCGAAAUGUGCUUUAGACCUCUAAUUCCAGGUAUGGACAGGGCUAUUGUUGGUGAAAGCCUCCGACACAAGAAUCCGACUUUCCCAAACGAGUUCAAGGUUUCUGAAAAGCCGAUUCAAGCAGACAUUAUGCUAUCUCUUAUGAAUCAUAAUGCCAAGAACCGACCAUCGAGUUCAGAACUACUGAAAAGUGGAAAGCUACCUGUGCAGAUGGAAAGCGAAACUAUCCGACAAGCCUUAAUUGGUCUCACGGACGCAAAGUCUCCAUACUACGACAAAAUGAUGAAGGCUUUAUUCUCACUUCCAAGUAGUCAAGCUAAAGACUAUGCAUGGGAAAUGGGUGCUCAACAUCCGACCGCAAACGAUCUCUUGCUCCAAAGUAUCGUCAAGCAGAAGUUGGUAUCAAUCUUUCGCCACCACGGAGCCGUAGAGACUCCACGUACAAUCUUGUUUCCACGGUCCGAUCACUAUGGUCCAAAUGCUGUCCAACUUCUUGACGAGAGAGGUGCAAUAUUACAGUUGCCCUAUGAUCUUACAUUACCCUUUGCGAGAGCUAUUGCGAAACAUGAACCUGCAGUUGAACGAUCGUUCGCAUUCGGCCGAGUUUUCCGAGAUCGAGACUCUGGAGGUCAACCACAAACCUUCGGCGAGGUCGACUUUGAUAUUGUGUCUACUGACACUUUGGAUCUUGCUUUGAAAGAAGCCGAGGUAAUAAAGGUUCUGGACGAGAUUGUUGGAAACUUUCCAGCUUUGACAACUACACAGAUGUGCUUUCAUGUCAAUCAUUCUGACCUUCUAGACCUGGUCUUUGAUUUCUGCAGGAUUGAGCCAACUAUUCGUCAAGCUGUUGCAGACACCCUCAGUAAGCUGAACGUUCAAUCUUGGACAUGGGCGAAAAUUCGAACAGAACUUCGUUCGCCACUGAUUGGAGUUUCCGCACCCAGUGUUGACGACCUACAGCGCUUUGACUUUCGUGAUACUCCAAAUAAGGCAUUUACCAAACUCAAGACACUUUUUGAGGGCGGCGAUACCUUUCAACGAGCAUCCUCAACUAUUGCGCAUCUUCGAGAUGUAAUUGAAUAUACAAAGCGUUUCGGAGUACGAAGCAAGAUCUACGUGACACCACUCGGAAGCUUGAAUGAGAAGUUCUGCAAAGGUGGCGUCAUAUUCUCCUGUCUGUUUGACCGAAAGGUAAAGGACGUUUUUGCAGCCGGUGGGCGCUACGACUCUCUAAUUCGAGAACACCGCUAUAAGUCAGGAACUCACUCUGAACCGAGACAUGCUGUAGGAUUUAACUUGGCGUGGGAGAAGAUGGCACGAUUGCCUAAAGCAAGCGCCAAGGGAUUUUUGAAGAAGCCAGAGGAGGAAGUGAACGGAAUUUGGACCACGAAGCGGUGUGAUGUACUUGUUGCGAGCCACGAUGCUACCAUUCUCCGGACUUCUGGUGUUGAAAUCGUUCAAACUCUUUGGAACAACGAAAUCAGCGCAGAGUUGGCACGAGAUUCACGGUCACCGGAAGACUUGCUUUCGCAAUAUCGGAACGAUCACCAUUCAUGGAUUGUCAUUAUCAAGCAAGACUCUGUGUUGAAGGUCAAGAGCAUGGAUCGUAAAGAUGUUGACGAUGCAGAUAUCCCUUCCCACCAGCUACUGGCUUGGCUCAAGAGCGAGAUCCGCGAUAGAGACCAAAGAAAUGGCACUCAUCAGCGAGCACGUCUUCAGCGGGGUAGUAGCCAACAAGAUACGUCUGCUGCGGAACAUGAGCAAGACGUCCGAGUUCUCGUUGCGGGAACCAAGAGCAAGAAAUCCAACAGACGCAACAUUGUCGAGCAAGCACAAGCUCGAGCUGCUUCUGUAGUUCACGAGUUCCUCGACGGCCCCAUUGCUGCGAUCGAGACUACAGAUCAGGUCAUGGAGUUAAUCCGCGCAACAAAGCUUUCUGAUCCUGAAGGCUGGAGACAAGUUACUCAUGCUGUUCCUACAACAGAGCGGAGAUAUAUCGGCGAGAUUCAUGACUUGAUGAAUACACUGGCCAAUCAAAACAAGGAUACCACGAGGAAUGCGUUUGUCUAUAAUUUUCGCACUGGAAAGUGCAUUUAUUACGACUUGGGUGCAUGA